AUGAAACUUCAACAAAUUCAUGUAGAAGUUCCAUUAAAAGGUUCAUAUUUUGUUGAAAUAUUUCCAUAUACCAUCAAUGUUGAUGAUGUUAAUAUUAGGUUGAUUAAAGUUCAUAUUCAUUAUCCACGUUUAUGGAAUUCAUUACAAGAAUGGUUUAUUAAUAUUGAUACAACAAAAGCUCAAGUGUAUUUUGUUUUUGAACAUAAAAAUUUUCUACAAGAAGCUACACCAAUGGAUUUAACGAUUAAAGUUUGUUUUGUUGAAAUGAUAAAAUGGAAAAUUUUUCUUUUUCUUUUUUGUUUAUAUUGGAUUAAUGAUGUUCUUGUUCGUUUGGUUAUACCAGAAAGUAAUCGAAUGUAUUAUAUUGUGAAAAGAAUUGAUGCACAUAAAAGAUUUUAUGAACUAGAUGGAAUUAAAUUACAAAUAUCAUUAUCUGAUACAUUUGAUAAACGAUAA